UUAUCCCCAAAUUAAAAUCCUCCUUCGCUUAUUCAACGUGUAUUUCCCCUUCAUUCUUGGGCUCCAGCCGAUCCUCAGCUAUAGAACAACAGAAACCCUAGAAAUGAGAAAGCGUCGAAACGGUUCCACUGCUCAGGAAGAGGAAGAUCGGGCCGCUCACCGAAAGAAAUCCAAGCGGCAGGAGGAGGAGGAGGAGGAGACUGGCAGCGAGGAUGAUUCUAGUGGUUCCGACGGGGAGAGCUAUCGAUCAAAGAGGAAGGGAAGGCGACACCAUAGCUCGAAGAGAGAGCACAGAAGGAGGGGCCGCUCUUCGGGUAGAGAACCCGAGCAUUCAGCUUCGUCCGAUUCCUGUUCGGAAUCCGACACUGAGGAGUCCGGAAGCCAAUUAGAGUCAGAGACAUCUAAGAGCGAGGAUGAGGCAAGGCGGAGGAGGAGGCGAGAGAAGCGGAAGGAACAGGAGAGGGAGUACGAGGAGCACAAGCGAAGAAAGGAGAAGUAUAGGAGGAAGAGGAGAAAAAUGGAGAAGGAAGAGAAGAGGAAGAAGAGAAAGGAUAAGAAAAAAGAGAAGGAGGCAGCCAAAAAAGGGGCAGUAACAAAUUCGUGGGGAAAGUAUGGCAUUAUCAAAGAAGUUGACAUGUGGAAUAAACGACCUGAGUUUACUGCUUGGCUAGCUGAAGUCAAACAGGUUAAUCUGGAAAUUCUAUCUAAUCGGGAAGAGAAGCAAAUGUUCAAGGAGUUUAUGGAGGACCAUAAUACAGCUACAUUUCCAUCAAAGAAAUACUAUAACUUAGAUGCCUAUCAUCGGCGGAAGAUGGAAAAAGAGAUGAAAAAAGGACCACAAAAGAUUCAAGAAAUAGAGCGCUCAGUUUUUAAUGAUGAAGAACAGCGUAGAAUUGAAUUACUAAGGGAGCGUGAAAGACAAAAGGAAGAACAAGUGGAAGCUUUAAAACGUUCAAUGCAGGGUGGAAUGGCUCAAGCAAUGAAGGAGCAAUCUCGCCUAAAGGAAGAAAUGAUGUAUCAGUAUAAGUUGGGAAAUUAUGAGGCUGCAGCUGCUAUUCAGAGAAGAUUGGAUCCUGAUAUUGCAAUGUAAGGUUUAUUGCCUUCAGCAGCAGCACCAACAACAACAACAACAACAAAAAAAAUUCAUGUUUUGGAAAGGAAAAUAAUUCUACCUAAAAUUUAAGAAUGUUGAUAUCCUUUUGAGUUCUUCCUAUUUUCGUGUGACACUGCAUAUUUAUGUUUGUGUUGAAUAUGAUGGUAUUCUGUUGGAACCAUUCAUUGCAUUUUAUAACUUUCAUACCA